GCAGCGAUGGCUGCGCUCAGGCAGGAGCACCACUAUGGGCUCUCCUGUGGAAAAAACAACAAAAACAGCUCCAGCAGGACGCUGUACCACGUCAAGCUCACGGACACGGCUAUCAGAGCGCUGGAGGCUUACCAAAACCUCAAGGGGUCUUUACCAAGCGGACCAUCGAUUUGUUUCAAAGGGAACCAAGGGUACAUCAAGAUCCCAGCUCCCACACCAGAGUCACCUUCUGCUCUUCGCGUCUUCUCCUUCUACUUAUCCAGCGACAGCAAAGACCAACCUCAAGCCAGCUUCGACUGCAUCCAUCAGUAUGUUUCAAGUGACGGCCGCGAGCAGCUGGAAGGUCAAGGCAUCAUCCAGGACAAGAUCACAGUGUGUGCCACCGACGACUCCUACCAGAUGACCCGUGAGAGGAUGUCUCAGGUGGAGAAGGACAGCUGGAGCCGCUCUGCAAUUGAGAUCAAACCUGGAGCCACACAUCUGAAUAAAUGUGUCAAGUUCCACAAGAAGCCAGCUCCUCUGUCUGCGUCAGACAGCAGCUUCCACAGGCCGUCUAUCAACAACCGCAGGAAUGGCACCAUGGCCAUGCCGACCCAGAAGCCCUUGAGGGAGCGGAUUAUCCACCUGCUAGCUCUCAAACCCUACAGGAAACCAGAGCUGCUGCUAUGGCUGGAAAGAGAACGAGCUGGUCCCAAGGACAAGGCCGAGCUGGGUGCCAUACUGGAGGAGGUGGCAAAAGUGAAUCCCAAAGACAGCAGCUUCCUGCUGAGGGAUGACUUCUACAAGCACGUGCAGAGGGACUGGCCCGGCUACAGCGAGGAGGAGAGGCAGCUGAUCAGCAGGCUGCUGGCCAGGAAGCUGCAGCCGCACGUCAGCCACCCAUCAAGGAAUCUUCAAGCAAAUAUGUCGAUACCGAAGACCUCAGAGGAUGCGACACUACAUCACAGCACAGUGAAAAAUCCUGCAGUGAAACGCCCCGUGCCUUUUGACUCACCGGAAAGGUUGGCUGUUAAGAGACAAAGACCUGCGGACCAGAGGCUGCAACAGCAGCCGACAGCAAACGGACUCAUGAACAAUAAAGGACACAACGUUGCAACUCCUACCCUCAACCCCAAUUUCCACACAAAGACUGAGUUUCAAAUGACAAGUACAUAUCCUGGUAACCAGAAUGGCUUACCAGGGGGCCACAAUGGCUUUCCUCUAAUGCACAAACUGUCUAGCACCUCUGACACACCUGUUUCAGAGAGCAGAGACCAAGAACGCAAAGUAAGCAGCCACCAGCCUCUGCAAGGUGAUCAUGCCCACCAGCAGCUCGCCAGCAGCCAGCACAGGAAGAAGAAGUCUAAAAAGCACAAAGACAAGGAGCGUGAGAGGUUAAAAGACAACAAGGCCAGCGAAUGGUUAGAGAAGAGUCCUGAUCUCAAGCAGAAACCAGACAAACUUGACAAUCCUGACAUCACAAAUGCUGUGGCCUCUGAGGAGAAGCCGGAUUAUGUGCUCACGUACGGCACCAUCAUGAGUUUGGAGCAGCGUCAGAGGUACCAGGAGGAUUUCUGUGCAGAGUAUGAUGAAUACAAAGACCUCCACUCACGGAUCGCAACCAUAACUCACAUGUUUGUUCAGCUAGGAUCCAAGAUCAAAAGCUUGUCCCCUGGCACGCAAGAAUAUAAGAUAAUGGAAGACCAAAUACUAGAAAAGUACAACAAGUAUCGCAAGAAGUUCCCAGGCUACCGGGAAGAGAAGAAACGCUGCGAAUAUCUCCAUGAGAAGCUGUCCUACAUCAAACAGCUCAUCAUAGACUAUGAUGUCUCUCAGGCCUCUUCGUAGCAGUGGCUCUCCCCUUUAUCAGAUUUUUUUAUAUGGAGUCUUUGCAUAAACAACAUUCUGUUGGUGUCACAAGAACAAGGCAUUUCUAUUGAGAGCGAUGUAAAGGGUUUUGGAUAAAACUGCAGACGACAGGACGGACUGCUUCUGCUGGGACCGCGGAUGAUGCUGUGAUACGAAUCAAUAGCAGAUUUCUCUCUGGUAUUUGUAUGUCUUUUUGUUGUGAAGUUAUCAUUUCUUGAGCGAUGUCUUGAUGUGAAAUGUCCAAAAGAGAGGCAAGAAAAAAGUCUCUGCAUUAAUGACAUGACGUGACUGUUUCCCUUAUAGUUUUUGCGAGCCUUUUUUGAAACCAGUGUCAGUGUAAGCCAUUUUGUUGGGAAUAUAUAACCGGUAGCAAGUGUGGCUUCAAGUCGAAGAUUGCUCCAGGCAUGGUUCCCCCUCAAGUUCAAUAUGCAGCAUAAAAAUUCCAUGUCAGAGUUAUUUUAUUCAUGAUACACAACUGAAGCAACAAAAAAAAUUAAAUGCUUCAAUUCAUUUAAUCUCAUCUCAUGUCUUAUUAUGCAAAUGAGGUGAGAUCAUUCCACUUGUUUUUGAAGCAGGACUACUAUAAAGCAGUUGCUGCAUUAACGUCAAAAUAUUGAAACUUGAUUUUUAAUAAAAUCUUCGAAGACAUUGAUUUUAUAUUGGAAACGCGUCCAACAGUCUCACACCUCAGCACAAAAGAUAUUUAUAAGACUCAAUAAUAUACAUAGUGGUUUAUUAAACUGAAAAUAUUCUACAAUACAGCCAGUAAGGGAUCCUAAUGUAUUGUAAACUAAAUCCAAUGAUCUUAAAAUACAUGAUACCAUUUUGAAAGCAGCUAAAUCCAAUGAGAAGAAACUGGAAAGUGUCCAAAUGUUUGGACAUGUUAAGAGGUUCAUGUAGAUACUGCUGCAAUACAGUACAUUGAGGUAUAUGCUGUCUCCCAAAUGCACUUGUGUUUAAAGUAUUUACCACAUCUCUCUCUGUAGAAUGGCUGGUAAAGGGACCAAAACGCUUGGCCUUGAUGGCUUUUGCAAUAACGUGGUGAGGAAAGACGAUUAUUAACAUUGUUAAUCGGGCAAGUCUUGCUUCAAGUAUUUAAACCCACUGGGAAAAAGUGUCUUUCUCUCUCUCUUUUUUUCCAUUCUUAGAACUACUGAUGUAUUUAUUUUAAGCAUUUUCCUCCACUCUGUGUUAUCAGUCUCCUCAGCUUGAAGAGUCAGGUCGUGUUAGAUCAAAGUGUUUGUAUCCAAGCAUCUGAAGGUGGGAGGUUUGAUGAAGAUCGUGUUGUAUGUUUCGCCUGUCCCGGCAGAGUUGUGAAGGGCGACCCAGACUCCUCUAAAUAUUAAUGCUGAAAUCCAUCCAACAUUUAAGCUGUGUCUGAAAUUGUUCACUCACUCACUCUGAAGAAAAAAACACUACGCAAAGCAUGGUGGUACAAAACGUAGCUGUUCACGUUGUAUUGCACUGUUGGAUUAUUAGAGUCAUUUGACAAUUCAGACAGCACUGCAGAAAGGGAGACGGCACUGAACUGGGGACUUUGUGAUGGACACUGAAGGAUUUCAGAGUCAGAAGUGGAUGUUUGGUCCUCUGGGAAAUGUAGAGCCAUAUUGGUAAAAAGUCUAUGUUCCGAUAUCAUAACCAGUUGUGGUACUUGGGUUUUUUAAACACUAGUCUGGAGGGUUUUAUAUCCUUCAGUUUCCAGUUGAUAAUCAGUGCCCAUUCAGUUUUUUUUUUUUUUUUUGGUGCACUAAACCCAGUCUGAAAAAAAGGAAGCGCGACAGGCAAAGUUUCCACUCAGACUGUAAUUGUUCACCGUGGUUGCAUUUUUAGUACUGAAUGUUUUCACGCAGUCAAUGACGUAGAAGCCUUAAGAUGAAACUUUUCUAGGACAACACCAACAAACUGCCAAUAUCAACAAGGAGUUAUCAUUCACUCACAUCUGUUAUCUGCCUUAUAUUACUGCUAGCUGUUACAUUUAAACCUGUCGUAGCCAUUUCACUGCUCAGAUGAAUGCCAACAGUGGCUUUCUCACAUGUUUGAAUAUCACUUUCUGGAGAAAAUGUUUCAUAAUGUAAUUUAAAAGUUCUGUAGUGUACAGUUUGAUUGGCUAUGACGACACAGCGUACUCAUCAGUCGCAUUUGUAAUCCUUCUGGUUCUGGUACUCUGCUCAGAAUCGUCACUGAGACCUAAGGUCAGGUAUUUAUCGUUAGGAACAUCACUUUGGUUUGUACUGCGGCUGAUGUUCCUAUUGAUAUCCCAUCUGACUCGGCUCUGAGCACCUCGAGCAGUUCGACUGGAAGACUGUCUUCAGUGAUUCUUGUGAUAUUUCAAGCACAAAGAAAAUCAAUGGUUAGAAUAACAACACUCAGUCACUUUCAGGUAGUGGCUGGCAGUUAUGAAAAGGUUUCAGGGGGGAAAUUAUAUCAUAUUUGUCGAGUGGUUGAUGAAAGACCGUGAUUAUCUGGGUCAUUGAGUACGAUGAAAGAACCUCUGCUCUUGAAGUCAGAAUAUUUCUUACAAAAAUCACUAAAUGAAUUUCAUGUAUCUGUGCAAGUCUUUAUCACAAGCUACAAUAAAACGUUCAUAAGGUGUUUUGUUUUUUGGACUGGUGCCGAAUAUUUAAAAGGCGCCGGUGUGUGCUGCACAGUAGGUGUUUUUUUUGUUGUUUUUUUUUUUUUUUUUGUACGACAUACCAGCUGAAGGGAAAGCUUCAUCUUAGUCACAGAGUCAGAGAAGAGAGUAUGCACUAU